GGGGUGAGGGGGGUUCCAUCAUGGCGUCGAUGCAGAAACGGCUACAAAAGGAAUUAUUAGCCCUGCAACAUGAUCCACCCCCAGGAAUGACACUAAAUGAAAAAAGUGUACAGAACACCAUAACACAGUGGAUCGUGGACAUGGAGGGGGCCCCCGGCACACUGUACGAAGGAGAGAAAUUUCAGCUGCUCUUCAAAUUUAGUAGUCGAUAUCCUUUCGAUUCACCUCAGGUAAUGUUCACAGGGGACAAUGUACCUGUCCACCCUCACGUGUAUAGCAACGGUCACAUCUGUCUGUCCAUCCUGACGGAAGACUGGUCGCCAGCCCUCUCAGUGCAAUCCGUUUGUCUUAGCAUUAUUAGCAUGCUGUCCAGCUGCAAAGAGAAGAGACGACCUCCUGACAACUCCUUUUACGUAAGAACGUGUAACAAAAAUCCAAAGAAGACAAAAUGGUGGUAUCAUGAUGAUACUUGCUAAUGUAUAAAGUUUGUAAUCACAGAAGAAGUCCUACUGACCUAUAUGAAGCACUUUUUAAUCAUUCAGUCUCUGAACUCUGACCUUUGACUGGAACAAUGGACAGACACCAAUGCGCUGGAGGCUCUUGACUGCAUUCCUCCCACCCGCUGGGCAGUUUGAUGCAUGUUUUAGUCGGUAAUAACAAAAAAUUUAAACCCGUGGAACCAUUUAGAUGCACUCGAGAUGGAUCUCUUUUUUUUUUUUUUUUUUUUUGCCAUAGUAAUGCAGUAUGCAAGGUGUAUUUUUGUGUAUUUCCUGUUUUUAAAAAUUAUUAUUGUUACAUCUUUGCGUGGUUGUGGACUUUAAGGUCCUUGUGUUGUGCAAUAAUAACCAACCGAUGGAGGCAUGCUUGGGCCUACAAAGGAGUUAUCUGAAUGGAUUUCCAGAAGGGACCUGCUCACCAUAAAUCCAAGAAAAUGCUUCAUCAAUGUUUUUAUUUUUUAUUUUUAUUUUUUUAAUUAUUACAUUAUAUGCACUGUGAGAGUAUGUAGUUAAGAGGCACUGUUACAUCAUCAUUCCCACCACUGUAAGCAGGCCCCCACUCAUUGGUUUUAGUGUAUCAAGAGUCAACAAAAUGGUAAUCGUUUCUCUUGAGACUGGUUCUGCUGGUACACAUGGCAAACAAACAAACCAACAAACAAACAAAACAAGUGUGGCAUUAGGUCAAACUCUAAGCUGAUAUAUGUAUCAUGUUUCGCUCUGCGUGUCCAGCCUAAGAGAUAGCAGGGGCCUCUCAUUUAAAGAAUGUUUGUUGCAUUUUUCGUGCUUCUACAAUGUCUAGUUCUUUUUGUACUGUUUUGGGGGUGGGGCUGUUUGGAUGGCCGACUAUAUUUUUGAUUGUGAUAUAUAUAUUUUCAUUUGUUGUAUUUAAUUUAAAAAUGUCCACAAUGUUAGAGAAUGAGAAGUCUACACAGGAGUAAUGACAACAUGGGUUUGUGAUUAUGCCUGGUCAGCAUUAUGGCUCAGGUACUUUUUUCCAAUAAAGAUACCUUUCAGAUGUUUUAA